CCACGAAAAAAAAUUCUCAGAACCAUCGUCAUCGUCAUCUUCUACUUGCUUCAGUGACUGGAGCGCAAACCAUAAGCCACCACCACAACGCCAACAUGGGGCCGUUAUUGCUUCUCUGCAACCCCUCCGCCGCCCUCUCGCCGCCGCCCCCUCCGGCUCAGCCUCUCCCCCCUCGCGCCGCCGCCGCCGCCGCGGCUCCUCCCGUCCUCCGCGCCUCGUCCGCUCGGAGGAAGCUCUUGUCCGCCGCGCUGUCCGGAGCUCUCUCGCUCGGCCUCCUGCUCUCGCCUCCGUCGAUCGCGGCGGAGUCUCCCCUGGCGCGGACGACGAAGUCCUUACCGUCGGUGGAGUACUGCCGCGAGGAGGAGGCGAAAGAGGAUGAUGGGGCUGGCGCCGUGCCCGAGCGAGGGACGAAUGAGAGAAUCGUGGAGGAAGCCUGGGAUAUCGUCAAUGAAAGCUUCCUCGGUACCGGUCGCCGUCGCUGGUCGCCUGAAGCGUGGCAGCGGAAGAAGGAAGACAUACUGAGUACUUCAAUCCCGACAAGGUCAAAGGCUCACGAAUUGAUAAGACGAAUGUUGGCGGGUUUGGGCGAUCCUUACACCCGAUUUCUUUCUCCUGAUGAGUUCUCCAGGAUGGCUAGGUAUGACAUGACAGGUAUUGGGAUAAAUCUAAGGGAAGUCCAGGAUGAUGAUGGAAAGGUCAGACUGAAGGUUUUGGGACUUCUACUGGAUGGACCAGCCCAUGCUGCCGGUGUGAGGCAGGGAGAUGAAAUCUUGGCAGUUAAUGGAGACGAUAUCAGAGGGAAAUCAGCAGUUGAAGUAUCAUCUUUGUUGCAAGGACCAAAUGGAACUUCAGUAAAACUUGAGGUCAAACAUGGGAAUUGCGGACCUGUUCAAUCUUUCAAAGUCCAAAGGCAACUUGUUGCACGAACCCCAGUUUUCUAUCGGUUGGAAGAUGCAGAAAAUGGCACGUCUAUUGGUUACAUACGUUUGAAGGAGUUCAAUGCAUUGGCCAUAAAAGAUAUAGUUGCAGCAAUGAAGCGCCUUCAAGAGAUGGGUUCCUCAUAUUUUAUUUUGGAUCUCAGAGAUAAUCUUGGGGGGCUUGUGCAGGCUGGAAUUGAAAUUGCUAAGCUCUUCUUGAACCAGGGAGAAACGGUGACUUAUACCGUUGGAAGGGAUUCCCAGUACCAGACAACAAUUACUGCUGGUGCUGCUCCUUUGGUUAAAGAUCCAGUUAUUGUUUUGGUAAACAACAAAACAGCUAGCGCUAGUGAAAUUGUUGCCUCUGCUCUUCAUGACAACUGUAGGGCUGUUCUUGUGGGAGAAAGGACUUUUGGCAAGGGUCUGAUCCAAUCUGUUUUUGAACUUGACGACGGUUCUGGUGUUGUCGUCACUAUUGGGAAGUAUGUGACCCCAAAUCACAUGGACAUUAAUGGCAAUGGAAUAGAGCCAGAUUAUCGAAGUCUCCCUGCUUGGAAUGAAGUCAACAAGCAUAUUUCUAAGUGUAAAAUGCUUAGACAAGGAUAAGCACGUGUUCUGGCCGCCCUUCAACUUCCUUUUUCGGCCUUCACCUCAUGUCAUAGGCGUUUCACCUGUUAUAGGAAUACAACAUGCGACUCUUCCAUUAAGGAUAUCACAGUGUUCAUCUUUUAUCAGCUGCAACAGGUGGAUCAUGGCUACGAUGGAGUAUGCGAGGGAAAUUAUUCAUUAACCUGAUCACGCUGGACCGUGGAAGGGCAAGUUUGCAUCAGAGGAGGAUGAAUUUUUCUCUUCUGGAUCCAAAUUUUCUAGCCGAGGGGGAGUUUACGAGCUUAUAACUGAACCCCACCGAGGAUUGGAGUUACAGGUCCGGAUUCUGAAAGUUCAUAGCACAUGUUUGGGUAUGUCUGGCGCUUUGCGAUGUUCUUUCUGUAGAUCAUUUCCAAAGUGUAAAUACAAUAUCUUGAUAAAGUAUACGUGUUCUUGUCAUCUUUGAACUAGAGGAUGUAACAACAAUUAGAAAACGUCGAAAAGAUUGGUGCGUGCAGUCGAGAA